CUCUCUCAGACGGACUGACUGAGUGAGUGAGUGCGCUCGAGCUGAGGGGGGUUUAACUCCGGGAUGUUUCUGCGUGGAGCUCAAUAAACACCACGAAGCCGACUUUAGCACAAAAACGCUUGUUCGGACAUUAGGGAAGAGCAGCCGUGUCCAAAACCGACGGACUUUUCCCCUCGACUCUCUUGCGAGGACUUCAAACCCCGAGAACUCAAGAUGUCAAUUUUGCCCUUCACUCCCCCCAUCGUCAAGAGACUUUUGGGCUGGAAGAAAGGGGAGCAGAACGGCCAGGAGGAGAAGUGGUGCGAGAAAGCCGUGAAAAGUCUGGUGAAGAAGCUGAAGAAGACGGGGCAGCUGGACGAGCUGGAGAGAGCCAUAACCACCCAGAAUAUCAACACCAAAUGCAUCACUAUACCGAGGUCUCUCGAUGGCCGCCUGCAGGUUUCCCACAGGAAAGGUCUUCCCCAUGUCAUCUACUGCCGCCUGUGGCGCUGGCCCGACCUGCAGUCGCACCACGAGCUGCGGGCGGUGGAGCUGUGCGAGUACGCCUUCCACACGAAGAAGGAUGAAGUGUGUGUCAACCCGUACCAUUACCAGAGAGUAGAGACACCAGUCCUCCCACCUGUGCUGGUGCCCAGAAACACAGAAAUUCCCAGCGAGUUCCCGCCACUCGAUGACUACAGCCAUUCAAUCCCCGAAAACACUAACUUCCCUGCUGGAAUUGAGCCCCAGAGCAACUACAUACCAGAAACGCCACCACCUGGCUACCUCAGUGAGGAUGGAGAGACCAGCGAUCACCAGAUGACCCACAGCAUGGACACCAGCUCCCCAAACCUGUCACCGAACCCUGUUUCACCCACACACAGCAACUUAGACCUUCAGCCCGUGACGUACUGUGAGCCGGCCUUCUGGUGCUCUAUUUCAUACUACGAGCUGAACCAGCGAGUAGGAGAGACCUUCCACGCCUCGCAGCCGUCGCUGACAGUGGACGGAUUCACAGACCCCUCCAACUCUGAGCGCUUCUGCCUCGGCCUCUUGUCCAACGUCAACCGCAACGCGUCUGUGGAGUUAACGCGCAGACAUAUCGGCCGCGGCGUGCGGCUCUAUUACAUCGGAGGAGAAGUGUUUGCCGAGUGUCUCAGUGACAGCGCCAUCUUUGUCCAGAGCCCCAACUGUAACCAGCGCUACGGCUGGCACCCUGCCACUGUCUGCAAGAUUCCUCCAGGAUGUAAUCUGAAGAUUUUUAACAACCAGGAGUUUGCUGCCUUGCUCGCCCAGUCAGUCAACCAGGGCUUUGAGGCCGUGUACCAGCUCACCAGGAUGUGCACCAUCCGCAUGAGCUUUGUCAAAGGCUGGGGAGCCGAGUACAGGCGACAGACGGUGACCAGCACCCCCUGCUGGAUAGAGCUGCACCUGAACGGCCCCCUGCAGUGGCUGGACAAGGUGCUCACACAAAUGGGCUCCCCCAGCAUCCGCUGCUCCAGCGUCUCCUAGGGGGAAGCCGUCCAUGCAGCCACUUCCUGCACACGUGUCCUGUCAGUGACUAGAAACACACACACACACACACACACAUGCAGAACAAAAGGAAACGGCUUCAGUACAGACGGCGCGGAAAGACGUCUGUCGUCCUCGUUCUGUCUCUGGGUCAGUUCCUCCCCUCCAGCUGUCAGUAGCACUUUUGACAUUCAUGUUUGUGGCACAAGGGGACAAGUGCAUUAAAGCAGUACCAUGUAAGUAUGAUUUUUGUUUUUGUUUUGUUAAGCAGCAGCUUUGUGCCAGAGAAGCUGUAACAACAGGAGGAGUUUUCUUUCUUUUUCUUUGCUCUCGUUUGUUCAAAUUUCCUAAUUUCAUUGUCAUACUUUUUAUUCUCUCUUUUGUACAGAUGUGUAUGUGAACAGUGGAUUUAUAAAAAAAAAAAGAAAAGAAAGAAAUGUUUGUUUUUAAGCAUAAUUACAUUGUGAAGCAUGUGUAAGAUCAUGUUUAAUGCAUUUCACUUGACUUUGUAUUUGGGGCAUUUGAAAUACAGAAGAGUAUGAAGAUGGUGACGAGGAGAAAAAAGAAAAGGCUGAGUAUCGUUUUUAAACACUGUGUGAAGGAAUAUAACGUUAACCUAAUUCAGUCUCCUUUUUUCAGGAUUUCAAAGAUUGACUCUCAUGAGACAAAAAUAUAAAGAUUUCAGACAGAAACAAAAAUGAUGACGCACUUUCAGGUUCAGUGUGUGAGACGCUUCAGUCGCUCUACUCUUUCUCAAGUGUGCCAGGAAACUACGGUGGCCUUCACGUUUUUCUAAGUAGAAAGCACAAAGUGGCGUCCUCCACAGAGCAAGGCCCUUAAAGGCUCCAACAAAACCAAACCAUUCUUUUAUUUUGAAACAACUCAUACACUUAUAUGGAUAGCAUCUUUAAAUUCCGCCUCAACACACUGUUACACACUGAACCUUUAGACUUUGUCCCUCGGUGAUAGCCGUAAAAGCGUUCCCAGAUUAUUCUCAUGCAGAAGAUCGACAGGUUACAGCUCUUAUCUUGAGUAUUUGAAGACAAUAAUACUCCUCACUUUUGUAAAAUGUUAACAUUGUAAGGCAACGUAGACAAAGUACAUUUAAAGGUCCAGUGUGUGGGAAGACAAAAAACUGAAUCUAAACUUAAUCAUUGUGUUUUUCUAAGUCUACUGUCACUCUGAAAAAUAAGAACUGACCGAGUUUACCGUGUUUCUACAGUAGACCAGAAUGGAGACACAUUUAACUCCACAUUUGAAGACCCUUGCUUUUACAUUAUACAGUUCUCGCACUACUCGGCUCUGCUGUACUCGGUUUGGUAUCAGACACGUCAUUUUCCAUGACCUCAUAGCACCUUCUCAACGUGGACAGGUGCAGGUCAGCAGUCUGUUGACAUCACAUUUUUAAUAUCAGCGCAGCUCGCUUGGAACCUCACAAGAGCAGGUACUGAAUAAAAAAAAAAACACCAGGUACUAUCACUUGUCGAGUUGUGCUAGAACUGUAUAAUGGAAAAAUGCUCUAUACAUUUAAAUUGGGUGCUUUCCUACACACUGGUCCUUUAAUGAAAGCUGAAUCAGUGCUUGUCAGAGGAAUACGUGAAAUAAUGUAUGCAUUCAUUUCAGGAAUUUUUCAAAAAUGUGUUUGUGUAUCGUCACUUGUACCUAACCUUUUAUACGACUUGAAAACAUCUCACACACCUGUGCUCUCCUGUCGUCUCGAACCAAACACACAACAUGUCAUUUCAAUACUUAUGUGUGUGUGUGUGUGUGAGAGAGAUUUCAGGUGAACCAUGACUUUCUUAGCAUUUCUCAUUCAUACCGUCAUCAAUCCGUGACAUUGGUUUUCCUUUUUAACCAACGGUUAAAGUUAUUGACUAUUUUUUGUAAACUCAGGAUCGUAUAUAUAAAUAUAUACAUAUACAAAAAAAAACAGAUUUAUAUACAGAAACCAGAUGCAUGAUUCUUUUGACUUAAAAGUCAGUUAUUUUUAUUUUAUUUUCUAGCACAUUAAGAUUAUAAUGUGUUAAUGAGUGUUUUUCUUGCAUGACGUGACAGAAUUAAGCUUUAACAGCUUUUUUACAAAGGGAAAUGUUUAUAUAUAUAUAUAUAUAUAUAUAUAUGUACAUACACACACAGACGUGUGUAAAUAACAUCCUCUUCCAAAUCUGAUGUUAAUGGUUCUGAAAGCAGAAAGAACAAAAAAAAAGCUUAAAAUGAACAAAUAAAUAAAGCGUAGCAGCUUCCUUUCAGCCGCCCCCCACUGUGGUGGAAGUGGAUCCACUUCCUUCUGGUUCCUUUAAAACCACACAAAGACACAGUGGGUGAACACGGACAAUAUUUUUAUAGAACUUAUUUACAUGAUAUGAACCCGGCUUUUUGAUGUCAAUACCAGCCCAGUGGUGCUAAAUCUUUAACAUUGUCGGGCCUCAAAAAGAAAACUAUGAGAUUUUUUUUUACUUCUUCUUAAAGCUGGUAGAUGCUGAUGAUGAUGAUGAUGAUGAUGAUGAUGGAGAUUCGUAACUGUUGUAAUGUUGGAUUGUUUCAGAAACCGUAGCAUCUACCGAUCUGAGACAACACAGCUCUUUGUGGAGCUUUUAGUGUCCUUGAACACAGCAGUCCUGGUCCUAAUGGGCUCUUAAAAACCCCAUAGUCAAUGUAAUUUACCCUGUAGGGAUUUUUUUUUUUUAUUCAACUUAUAGUGCUUGUGUAUUUUUCCCCCCUUUUUGUCUAAAAUUCUCACUGUAAUCAUAAGUAGUUGUGAUUCGAACUUUUUUUUUUUUGCUUUGAAUUGGUGUUGUUAGAUGUCUUGUAUAAAAAUAUACCCUUUAUUUUUAUUUUUAUUUUCUCUGCCAAUGAAAAAGUUGAUGUGAUGCUUUAUAUAUUUUUGUUUAUUAUUGUUGGUCAAUGAAUAAAAUAUAUAUCUUGUGGUGAUUCUGGGUUCUCAAACUGUGGUGCGUGUACUACCAGUGGUACGUCAGUUUCCUCUGGCAAAUCAGAAAUAAUCAAUCCAUGGAGUACUCAAAGCAAUCAUCUGUUAUAGUUUUUUAUCUAAGCCUUUCGAGAAACCAUGGCGACAAAAAUCGCAAAUAAAAACUGCAGAGUUCCCACAUACACAUGAAUGGGAAACAGUAAAAAAAAAAGAAGUUAGACCCAGCCCUCACAGGUUCGUCAUACUUUAAUG